AUGGUAAGAGUUAUCACCAUCUCUUAUUUCUCUCAUAAAGUUAUUAAAAAACGACAAGAGUAUGCAUAUGAAAAGAUUUGUCCAAUGGCUUUGCACAAAUUUUCCAAACCAAAAUCAUUUCAUAUCGAUUAUUGUGGUUGUACAGCAGCAACAUUACUUUUAAAUGAAUCAUCAAUACGAGAUGCAAUUAAUUUCAUUCGACAAGUUAAAUCAAAAAGUGAAUUUGUUAAAACAACAAUAUCAGUAUGUCGAGAUGGUAUUAAAAUUAUCUAUGAAAAUGAACAUAAAUAUUCUACACAUGUACCAUCUUCUAUGAUUGCUGGUUCAGUUAUUGGAAAAUCUCCUUUCAAUGAUACUCUUGGUGUUGUUUAUAUAUCACCACUUACUGGUCGUCAUUAUCCAGCGUUUGUUCAUGUAUACCGGUGUGAUUCAACACGUACUGCUCAAAAAUUAUUACUUCGUAUUCGUGCAUAUACACUUAAUGAUAAUCAUCGUUCUAAAAUUGUACAACUCGAACAACAUUUACUUCAACAUAAUUUACUUAAUUUAGAUAAUUAUGAAAGUUCAAAAUCACAAUUACAAUCAUCAAAUACAACAACUUUAAAAUCUAAUAAAACAAGUGCAAAUAUUUCAUCUUCAUCAACAAAUUCUAGUAGUCGACAAGAUAAAAUCGAUCCAGUUAAAUCAAUUACAGAAGAAUUUCAAAAAAAACUUCAUUCACAAGAACCUCUUCUAUUUCCACCUAAAGAUUAUGAUACAGUACAUGUAUCACAUGGAAAUAUUCAACGAGCACAAGCAUGGAAAAGUACAGAGCCGACAAUUGUUGGUUAUACACCAAUCGAUCCAGAUAAUAAUCACAAACGACGGCAAGCAUUGUCAAAUUAUCAUUCAUCAAGUAAUAACUCUACUACAGAUGAAUUUAAAAAAAACGAAUUGAAUAAUGGUGUUAUUGAAAAAAAUGGAAGACCACGUUUUUCAACUCAAAGAAGUGAUACCACUAUUGAUCCGGUGGAAACUGUCAGUUUAGCAUUUGAAUUUCUUAAAGAUGAAACAGGUUCAAUAGUGACUGAUAAUGAUGGUAAUAUUGAACAUAUUGAAAAUGAACAACAAGAUAAACAACCAGUUUUUCGUUUUCGACCACCACAAAUUACUGCUAUUACUAAAAAACUUUUUACUCGUAAUAAUAAUAAUAAUUAUGAAUUACAAAAUAGUUUACCACAACCAAAUUCAUCAUUGAAAAAUGAAUUAAAUGCUUAUUAUCAUCAUACUCAUUAUCAACAUCAACAUCAACAAAUACCACAUGAAUAUCGAACUCGUUCUGAAACAAAUUUAUUAUAUGAUCCACAGCUUAGAAUGCAUCUUAGUCCUCGUUAUGAAAGUCGUCUUGUCAAUGGAAGUGGUGCACCUAUUUCAACAAAUCCACUUUGGACAGCUACAUCACCAGUAAUGAUCGGUUCACAACCAAAUUUAUUGUCAUAUGAAACUCCAAUCGUUCAAGCAUCUUAUAAUCAUAAUCAUAAUAAUCAUCAUCAUCGUCAUCAAUUAAGUCCACCAAUUCAACGACGAACUACUUCAGCACCUUUACAACAUCCACUUUAUGCAAGUUACCCAAAUAAUAAACUAUCUGUAAAGACACAACUACAACAAAAUCAACAAAAACGACCAGGACCAGGACCAGCACCACCACCACCUCCACCACCAUCGAACUCUCAUAGAAAACAACCGACAAAAUUGCAAUAUCUCGAUACAAAUGAAUUUAUUCUACGUGCAUCCGAUGGACAAUUGUUAAAUAAUUCUCAAUAUUCUAAUCGACCUGUAGCAGGUAUAUCACGAGAUUAUAGACCUCAUUCGAUCAAUGUAAAUGGCCAUGGUAGUACUAUGCUCGAUGUAUACUAUUGA